AUGGCGUCUAUGUACCAAUUUGAUUCUGGGACGUCGUUAUUCCUUUCUGUCUUUGUCAUUUUCUCAGGAAUCAUAUUUUGCUUUUGUGAAGGCUGUACAGCUUACUACCUAGCUAUUGAGAAUCCCUGUAUUAGCAGCCCCUGUGUGAAUAACGGAACUUGCCAAGUUGGUUUCACCAGCAAAGGGUUUCGAUGUGUCUGUGUUCCCGGAUAUGCUGGAGAAAACUGCAGUGUUUUAUCAAAAUCUUGCAGUGACUUAAAGAAGCUUGAUCCUAAGGCAAAAAGUGGAAUCUGUCUGAUUGAUCCUGAUGGUGAAGGAGAAUUGCUACCUUACCACGUCAGCUGUGACAUGAGUGACAAAGGCGGAGUUGGCGUGACUGCCAUAAGUCACGACAGCGAGGGCAGGACAUUGGUGGACGGAUAUGAAAAGAGGGGAAAUUACUCUCGCGACAUACACUACAAAGGAGCGAAAAUUUCUCAACUGGUGAGUCUCAUCAACGUUUCCCUGCACUGUGAACAGUUCAUAAGGUACGAGUGCAGAGGUUCUACAUUGAUAGAUGGCUUUUGGGUUUCACGUGAUUCGAUAGAAAUGACAUACUGGAGUGGUGCGGCACCUAAAAGUCACAUGUGCGCAUGCGGAAUGAACAGCACAUGUGAACAACCCAGUACGUCAGAAAAAUGCUCCUGUAACUGUUGUGUGAAUGACGGUGUAUGGCGUGAAGAUAGUGGUGUCCUUACCAACAAGACACAUCUGCCGGUUAAACAGCUCAGGUUUGGAGAUACAGAUUACGACGUUUCAUCAAAAUUUGAUGAGAAGGGUUACCAUACCUUGGGAAAGUUUAAGUGUUACGGAAUCGCCUAAUUGUAUGGAAGAACUAAAUCGCUAAUCAACACUGAUCGUCCCGUCUUACAGUAAGCUUAUAAAAACUAUUGCCAGUGAUUAUAAUUUAAAAAGUUUAUUAAACAAUGUUUUUACUUAUUUCGUGUGGCAAUAUUUCACGAGGAAGCUCACAAUGAUGAUUCGAUAAUGAGACCAAUAUAUUUUCAGUAAUUUAUUCACCUAUGGCUAAUAUCCAGCCUGGCAGGCCAAGUUCAGCUGCAAGUUGAUUUGAAUGAGAACCUGUAUAAACAAUUGGAAUAUAAAAAAUAUGUAUAUAUUUACUUCACUAAACUGUCAAGAGAUUGUAAACUUUGAGUGCUGGUGUAAAACUUAUGCAUGAUAAUCGCUAUUAAUUCUGUUGAAACUAACUAGUUUAACUAUGCUGCAUUUUAACCAUUAAUGGUUGUAAUUUGUUAGGAAGUGAAUGAUCGACUUAUAAGCUUGUCUUGGAGUAAAACAGAUCCUGAUAAUUGUAUUAAUAAGUCUUCAAU